AUGAUCGCGCUUUUAAGCUCUACCGCGUCGUUAUGCAGCGUAUCGCCUACUGGCAAGUUCGGUUUCUAUAUCACCACCUACGCAGGGAACCUACCCCAGUUCGUGGCAUGGGAAGAUAGCUGGGAGGCAUUCUUCGCCAAGACUAUGAGACAGGCGCUUGAUCUAGAGGUAGAAAGGAAAGGGCCUAGUGAAGAGCUCGAUACCCUCUCCCAUUCUUUGUUCGGAAAAGUCAUCCCGAGGCUCCUAGGGCCUCUCGAGAGUGACGGCCGAAUAGUGAAACCGUCACUUAUUCAUGGAGACCUGUGGUACGCAAAUGCAGGGAUUGAUGUCGACAACGACCGGCCUCUUGUCUUUGAUGCGUGCUGCUUCUUUGCGCACAACGAAUAUGAGUUUGGCCAGUGGCGACCAGCUUGCAAUAGGUUUGGGGAUGAGUAUGUUGCCGCCUACAGCACAUUCACUCAGAUCUCCCCGCCGGAAGAGGAUUUUGAAGGCCGUUUAGACCUCUAUAGGCUGUGA